UUCUCGCAAAUAAGUCAUUUAGUAUUUUCUAGAGAGCAGUCGCAUCAGAAGACAGAUAACUAACAAUACCAACAGACAGCUCGCUCAGAGCGAAAGAAAGCCAAACGCCCUCCUGUUUUUUUGUUUUAUUUUGUUUUAGCAUUUAAUUUGCGUCAUGUCCAGAGAAGUGGAGGCGUGCACAGAAGAGCAGCAGGAGAUGCAUGACACGGUUGUGAGUCCAGAGAAAGCUGAGGAGGCCAAGCUGAAGCAACGUUACCCACAUUUGGGCACCAGACCUGGUGGGUCAGAUCUGUUACGGAAGAGAUUACAGAAGGGUCAAAAAUACUUCGACUCGGGUGACUAUAACAUGGCCAAAGCCAAGAUGAAGAACAAACCUCUUCCGACAACUGCGACAGAGAAGACAGAGAUAACCGGAGACCACAUUCCCACCCCUCAGGACCUGCCCCAAAGGAAGCAAUCUCUGGUGGCCAGCAAACUUGCAGUCUAAUGAAGACUGUAAAGACUUGAUGCCAUUCCAGCUGUUUCCAACUUCAUUGUUUUUUGUUUGUCUUUCUUUUGGUGUUACCACCAUCUUACUAUUUUUGUAUUUGGUUGUAGAAAUACUCUCAAAAAUACAGAUGUGUUGACUGCUGAUGCCAUUGCACUUGGAUUUGACUGUACUGUCAGAUGAAUUUACAUCAUCCACGGCAAAUAUGCAUUAGCAUAUUUUAGGGUUUUACACUUUUUCACCAACUUUUUCGAUGCUUGUUUUGAAAUAUGUCCUAGGUGCUUGACCAAAUGGACUGGACUUUAAAACAAUCCACCUCUAUUAAUACCUCCAAAACUGUGCUUCUUAGAAGAAAAGAAAGGCCGGACCUCAUAAACAUUUGUCGGUUGAACUGAAGAAAAGCUAAAAGCUCUUUCAUUUUUCACCUCUUACCUGUGAAUUACGAAAAUGGCCUUGAAAUGUUGUUCUGUCUCUAUUGGGUGAUGUCUGUUUGACCACACUGACGAGAGCCUGUUGACCUCUCCACUGGGUCGUUUAGGUUAUGUUCUCAGCACAACUUAAAUGAUUAAGCUGUACAAAUGUUUACUGUCAAUCACAACUGUGCCAUUUGUUUUGUAAAUAAAAUACUUUUGCACAUGUCAA